AUGUAUUUCGUUAAUAGCCUCCUGCCCUUUGUGGCCUUCAUCGCAUCUGUAGCAGCUGCCCCAAUUGUCGAAGAGCGCGAUUCUCUCGCUGCCACGACAUGCGGUUCGACAUACUAUACCGCCACUCAAGUGAACCAGGCUGCACAGAAGGCGUGUAGCUACUACACCUCCGGCUCUGCUCCCGGCGGCUACCCGCACACUUACAAUAACUAUGAGGGGUUCUCGUUCGCGGUAUCUGGACCUUAUCUCGAAUUCCCGAUGUUAACGAGCGGCGUGUACACUGGUGGAUCCCCCGGCGCGGACCGAGUUAUCAUCAACACCUCCUGCAAGCUCGCGGGUGAAAUUACCCACACCGGGGCUAGCGGUAACAACUUUGUCGGCUGCUCGGGGACGUCUUAG